AGAGAGAGAGAGAGAGAGAGAGAGAGAGAGAGAGAGAGAAUGGGUAGAGCGCCGUGCUGCGAUAAGGCGAACGUGAAGAAGGGACCAUGGUCACAAGAGGAGGACGCUACGCUCAAGGCUUACAUAAAGGAGAAUGGAACUGGCAAUUGGAUUGCUCUCCCUCAAAAGAUUGGGCUGAAGAGGUGUGGCAAGAGCUGCAGGCUCAGAUGGCUCAAUUAUCUCAGGCCUAACAUAAAGCAUGGUGAUUUCUCUGAUGAAGAAGACCAGAUCAUCUGCAACCUCUACAUCAGUAUUGGAAGCAGAUGGUCCAUAAUUGCAGCCCAGCUGCCCGGGAGAACUGACAACGAUAUAAAGAACUACUGGAACACAAGGCUCAAGAAGAAGCUCCUCGGACCCCCGCUUAAGGAGACAUCUCGAUUUUCCUCGCAACGACCCAAGCCCAAUUCACAAACCCUAACCCUAAAUUCUACAGCUCUCGAGAGAAUACAACUCCACAACUUACAGUUCCAAGGGAUAAACAAUACCUUCUCUUUCUAUAACAACCCUGCACUCUGGUCUAAAUUACAUCCUCUUAGGGGCACAAAUGAUUCUUUGAUUCCAACCAAGAACACUGAGAAUGAGCCGAGUCAUAAUCAACCUGUGACUGCAGGGAGCAAGGAUCAAGAUUCAUGCGAGACUUCCUCCAACUUCAAUUUGAUGCAGGCCGAGCUAAACGAUUUGUUCUAUGCAUUUGAUGAGGAAGCAAUAUCGUCGAGCUCUUGGGGUUUAGUUUUUCAAGAUUAUGAAACAGGGUAUGAUCUUUAG